CGGGUUACACUGCGUCUCCUGUGUUGGGGGUGGGGGGCAGCAAGUGACACAGCAUACAGCAGACACUUACAUAACCGUGACUUCAGGGGAACAGGAUCAAGCUGUGAAUGAACCUCUCGAGCGCAGGAAUAUGGUAUUAGAACACAGCCUCUGACUUCUGCUCUCGCUUGGCUUGAAAACAAGCUUCAGAAACCUCUCUCUCUCUCAAACGAGACUUCCAUUAUUCUCAGAACUUCUUUCCCUUUCCUUUCGGUUAUGAAGUUCACGGUCAGAUAGCAUUUUAGGAUUGGAAGGGAGCUCAGAAGACUCAGUGCAGUUGUCUACAGAUUGAAUCCAGAGACUGACUUCCCUGCAGAACCACCCACAGCUCUAUCAAUGGUCGGAGAAAGGUAGUGGCAUCAGGCACAAGGAAAGCGGCCGGACACACCGAGGACAAUGAGUCUGCUGAAACCGAGCGGCCUGAAGGUCCCUACCAAGAUCCUUAAGCCUGGAAGCACAGCCUUGAAGACACCUGCUGCUGUCGCAGCUCCAGUAGAAAAAACAGUAUCGAGUGAAAAAGCAUCCAGCACUCCUUCCUCUGAGACGCAGGAGGAGUUUGUGGACGACUUUCGAGUUGGGGAGCGAGUUUGGGUGAACGGAAACAAGCCUGGAUUUAUCCAGUUUCUGGGAGAAACCCAGUUUGCCCCAGGCCAGUGGGCCGGGAUUGUUCUAGAUGAACCCAUAGGCAAGAAUGAUGGUUCCGUGGCAGGAGUUCGGUAUUUCCAGUGCGAACCUUUAAAGGGCAUAUUCACCCGACCCUCAAAGUUGGCGAGGAAGCUGCAGGCAGAAGAUGAAGCUAACGGCCUGCAGGCGACUCACCCUUCCAGAGCGACUUCACCUCUGUCCACUUCUGUGGCCAGCAUGACGGCCUCCUCCCCAGCCACCCCCUCAAAUAUUCCUCAGAAGUCGUCCCAGCCAACAGCAAAGGAACCUUCAGCUACACCUCCGAUCAGCAACCUCACAAGAACUGCCAGCGAAUCGAUCUCCAACCUCUCAGAGGCUGGCUCCAUCAAGAAAGGAGAGAGAGAGCUCAAAAUCGGAGACAGAGUAUUGGUUGGUGGCACUAAGGCUGGUGUAGUCCGGUUCCUCGGGGAGACGGACUUUGCCAAGGGGGAGUGGUGUGGUGUGGAGUUAGAUGAGCCUCUCGGGAAGAAUGACGGGGCUGUUGCUGGAACCAGGUACUUUCAGUGUCAACCCAAAUAUGGCCUGUUUGCUCCCGUCCACAAAGUGACCAAGAUUGGCUUCCCUUCCACGACGCCAGCCAAAGCCAAGGCCGCCGCCGUGAGGCGGGUGAUGGCCACCACGCCCGCCAGCCUGAAGCGCAGCCCGUCCGCGUCCUCGCUCAGCUCCGUGAGCUCGGUGGCCUCCUCCGUGAGCAGCAAGCCCAGCCGCACGGGAUUAUUGACUGAAACCUCCUCCCGUUAUGCCAGGAAGAUCUCCGGCAACACUGCCCUGCAGGAGGCCCUGAAGGAGAAGCAGCAGCACAUUGAGCAGCUGCUGGCCGAACGGGAUCUAGAGAGGGCGGAGGUGGCCAAGGCCACGAGCCACGUGGGGGAAAUAGAGCAGGAGCUAGCUCUGGCCCGGGACGGACACGACCAGCAUGUCCUGGAACUGGAAGCCAAGAUGGACCAGCUGCGAGCGAUGGUGGAAGCUGCCGACAGGGAGAAGGUGGAGCUUCUCAACCAACUCGAGGAGGAGAAAAGGAAGGUUGAGGACCUUCAGUUCCGGGUUGAGGAAGAAUCAAUUACUAAAGGCGAUCUUGAGCAAAAGAGCCAGAUUUCUGAAGAUCCUGAGAAUACGCAGACCAAACUGGAGCAUGCCCGCAUUAAGGAGCUUGAACAGAGCCUGCUCUUUGAAAAGACCAAAGCUGACAAACUCCAGAGGGAGUUAGAAGACACUAGGGUGGCUACAGUGUCAGAAAAGUCUCGUAUAAUGGAGCUAGAAAAAGACCUAGCGUUGAGAGUACAGGAAGUAGCGGAGCUGCGAAGAAGGCUAGAGUCCAGUAAACCUGCUGGGGAUGUUGACAUGUCACUCUCCCUUUUGCAAGAGAUAAGCUCUUUGCAAGAAAAGUUAGAAGCCACCCACACUGCCCACCGAGGGGAGAUCGCGGCUCUGAAGGAGCAGUUUGGAGCCCAGGAAGAGACGCGUCAGAAGGAGAUGAAGGCCCUUCAGGCCACCGCGGAGAAGCUUUCCAAGGAGAACGAGUCACUGAAAAGCAAGCUCGAUCACGCCAACAAGGAGAACUCGGACGUGAUAGCCCUGUGGAAGUCCAAGCUGGAGACCGCCAUCGCGUCCCACCAGCAGGCGAUGGGGGAGCUGAAGGCGUCCUUCAGCAAGGGGGUUGGAGCCGAGACGGCGGAAUGUGCCGACUUAAAAACGCAGAUCGAGGCAAUGAGACUAGAUUACCAGCACGAGAUAGAACAUUUGCAGAGCCAACAAGACUCGGAACGGUCUGCUCACACUAAAGAGAUAGAAGCCGUCAGGGCCAAGCUGAUGAAGGUCAUUAAAGAGAAAGAGACCAGCCUGGAAGCCAUCCAGUCGAAACUGGACAAGGCAGAAGACCAGCACCUGGUAGAAAUGGAGGACACCUUAAGCAAAUUGCAGGAGGCGGAAAUCAAGGUAAAGGAGCUAGAGGUACUGCGAGCCAAAUGCAGUGAACAAACUAAGGUUAUUGAUAAUUUUACAUCGCAGCUCAAGGCUACCGAGGAGAAGCUCUCGGAUCUUGACGCCCUUCGGAAAGCCAGUUCCGAAGGUAAAUCGGAAAUCGAGAGAUUUAGACAGCAGCUCGAGGUGGCUGAGAAACAGAUUAAAAAUUUAGAGAUGGAAAAGCUUGCUGAAAGUGACAAGGCCACUGGCCUCACCAAAGAGCUGCGGGGCAAAGAGCUGGCGCUCAAUGCACUUCAGGAGCACUUGAGCGAAGUCAGCCACGUGAAAGAGACUUUGGAAAAAGAACUGCAGAUUUUGAAAGAAAAGUUUGCUGAUGCUUCCGAGGAGGCGGUCUCUGUCCAGAGAAGUAUGCAAGAAACUGUAAAUAAAUUACACCAAAAGGAGGAGCAGUUCAAUGCACUGUCUUCUGAAUUGGAGAAGCUGAGAGAAAAUUUAACAGACAUGGAGGCAAAAUUUAGAGAGCGAGGUGAAAGGGAAGAGCAGUUGAUCAAGGCGAAAGAAAAACUGGAAAACGACAUUGCAGAAAUCAUGAAAAUGUCAGGAGAUAAUUCUUCUCAGUUGACAAAAAUGAAUGACGAGUUACGUCUGAAAGAAAGAAAUGUAGAAGAAUUACAGCUGAAACUUACAAAGGCUAAUGAAAAUGUAAGCGUUCUGCAGAAGAAUAUUGGGGAUGUAACUCUCAAAGCUGAACAGAGCCAGCAAGAAGCAACUAAAAAGCAUGAGGAAGAAAAGAAAGAACUGCUGACAAAGUUGCUGGACCUGGAAAAGAAGAUGGAAAUGAGCCGCAACGAGAGUCAAGAUCUGAGAGCCAAAUAUGAAGAAGCCAGGUCCGAGACCAAGGCCGCGCAUGAGGAAGCCCUGCAGAAGCUGCAGAAUGCGCUGCUGGACGCGGAGGGGAGGCUGUCGGCUGCCCAGGAGCAGAACAGGGACUUGCUGCAGGAGAUGGUGGAACUGAAAAAACAAGCCGACAAAGCCAGAGCUGCUCAGACGGCGGAAGAUGCCGUGCAGAUCAUGGAGCAGAUGACCAAAGAGAAGACCGACACGCUGGCCUCCUUGGAGGACACCAAGCAAACCAACAAAAAACUACAGAAUGAAUUGGACACACUUAAAGAAAACAACCUGAGAAACGUGGAGGAGCUGAACAAAUCCAAAGAGCUUCUGACCGUAGAGAAUAAAAAAAUGGAAGAAUUCAGGAAAGAAAUAGAAGCCCUAAAGCAGGCAGCAGCUCAGAAGUCCCAGCAGCUCUCUGCUCUGGAAGAGGAGAACGUGAAACUCAGCGAGGAGCUGGGGAGAAGCAGGGACCAAGUCACGAGUCACCAAAAGGCGGAAGAAGAGAGAUCUGUGCUCAACAAUCAGUUGUUAGAAAUGAAAAAGAGAGAAUCCAAGUUAAUAAAAGACACCGAUGAAGAAAAGGCUUCCUUGCAGAAAUCCAUCAGUAUCACCAGCGCCUUACUCACAGAGAAGGACGCGGAGCUGGAGAAACUGAGGAAUGAGGUCACAGUGCUCAGGGGAGAAAAUGCCUCUGCCAAGUCCUUGCACUCCGUCGUUCAGUCUCUAGAGUCUGACAAGGUGAAGCUUGAGCUCAAGGUCAAGAACUUGGAGCUUCAACUCAAAGAAAACAAGAGGCAGCUCAGCAGCUCCUCAGGUAAUACUGAUACUCAGGCAGAAGAGGACGAAAGAGCCCAGGAGAGUCAGCAAAUGAUUGAUUUCCUAAAUUCAGUAAUAGUAGACCUUCAAAGGAAGAAUCAAGACCUCAAGCUGAAGGUGGAGAUGAUGUCAGAAGCGGCCCUCAAUGGCAACGGGGACGACCUCAACAACUAUGACAGUGACGACCAGGAGAAACAAUCCAAGAAGAAGCCUCGCCUCUUCUGUGACAUAUGUGACUGCUUUGACCUCCACGACACAGAGGACUGUCCCACCCAGACGCAGAUGUCCGAGGACCCCCCGCAUUCCACACACCACGGCAGCCGGAGCGAGGAACGCCCGUACUGUGAGAUCUGCGAGAUGUUUGGGCACUGGGCAACCAACUGCAAUGACGACGAGACCUUCUGAUGAAGCCCCACUGCGGGAACUGGGCUUUCUCAGGCGCACUAGCAUGUGGGCAACCGAACACCAGCAUCACGUGUGCAGACUGCAGGAGAACUCACGUUAUUUUUGACCCCCAUCAACAAAUCUAAGAAAAUAUUUUGAUCUUCAACAAAUCGCUCUUUUAGUUUCCCCUUAUAAGUUAGAAUAAUAAAUACUUAGUAGGUGAGUUUUCACCUCUAAUUUUGUCGUCUUGAUUUUUAAGUUUUAACAAGAUGUUGCACCAGAGGCCGUUACAUUUACUGUCCCGAGAAAAACCUCUUAGAUCAGUCCCUACCCUUCCAACACCUUAUUUAAGUAACUUUAAAUUAUGCUGUUACUUUUCAUAUUUGCACUAAAAUCUUUCCAGGCUGCAUUUGUAUAGUUAGAUAUUUUGGUUAAGCUUUGACACUGGAAUGAGUUGAAAAAAUGUGCCAUUUUGCAUUUUCAUCUACUCAUUUGAAGUAUUUUAUUCUUAGUCGGAGAAAUACCUGAGCUGUUUGCACUACCCGAUGUCAGUAGUGCCUUUACUUCAGGCUUGGUAACACUUAGGUGUGAUUAUAAAAUCAUGAAACCGGUAAAGGGAGGGGAAGCCCCCAAACUGCUGUGGGACAUUUUAUAAUCGAUAUGCUGCAUCCACCUACUCCACUGUGGUGUUUUGUUUAUUGGUUUUGCAUAAUUUCAGCUUCUAUAUAUUAUAUGUAUAUAUUUUUUAAAAAUCUCUAUUUUGGAAAAAAACAUACACAAUGUGUCUUUUCAGAUUUUUACCUUUUAUGAAAAAGAAAACAACGUUCAUCAGGACUAAUGGGCUAGGCCAGAAAUAGCGUCACACAGCUUUGGGACUUUUCUCUUUUUGUUUUCAUUUUGUUUCUUUGUCAGAUAUAAAUAGAACUUUCUCCUAUUCUUUUCUCCUCUCCAGCAGAUAUCCCCAGCAGUCAAUUAAUUAGAUAAUAAGCGACUAUACAACACCUACGGUAACCAAUCUACAAUCUUUACAAGUUGUUUUUACUGUGUUUUUAGAUGAAUGUAUGAUGAGAAAUUCAACAUUAAUAAUUUUGGAUUUUCUUAUCACAAAAAUUAAAUGAAGGACCUCAGCCACCAGAAGUUUAUCAACCAGUUUUAAUCUAUUUAUCUUAAUUUGAAUGUCUUCUAGAAGAUGUAAAAAGUAAUAAAUAAAUGUAUCUUCCAUGCUACAUGUAUAAUAAGAACUUCUAUAAUUGUACAUAUGCAUUUGAUGUAUUUUCCCCUCAAGAUUAUUAACUGUGUGUUUGACAAGUGAGAAAUCUGUAAUCAGUUGAAAUUUUUGGUUAUAAAAGUAAUAGGAAUUGUUUCACAAACGAUAUGUAAAGCAGUAUUAAAAUUUGAGCAAACAAAUGUUCUAUACCUACUUUAAUAAA